AUGGAUGGAAACCGCCGUCUCGCUGCGGUUGCAUUGACUGGCCACCUCUGCGAUGUCACAAUGGGAAUGGUCCUUAUCCCCGUCUCUCGACACAGCGCACUAGCGUCCUUCUUCAAACUAUCCGUCUCAACCACGCUUACCUUUCAUAUGUUGACAGCAUAUACUCUCUUUACCCUUGUCCUGAUCCAUGGAUUCCUUUAUGUAUCCUGGGUGGCGGUCUUCAACUCUCUCUCGGAGAGGCUUCGGCCGGCAUUCCCCGUCUUAAACCCAACAUAUUUAUAUUUCGAGACUUGGCCGGGUAACUUAUCUGCCUUGGGCAUCUGGCGAGCCUCUCUAGUAUUCACUGGUGUCGCCUCCACCACGAUCAUGGGUCUCAUUUUUGUCACCACAUUACCCAAAAUUCGUGCGAAGCAUGUUAAUCUCUUUUACUACACGCACCUUCUGAGUAUCUUGGCCAUCAUAAUCAUCUGUCUACAUGCCAGUACAGUAUUUUACUGUGUGGCUCCAGGGCUUGCCAUGUGGGUGCUCGACUGGGGUAUGCGACUGUACGAGUUGAGAAACUGUGUGCCAGGCAAGGUGGUGCAUCUAGGAAAAGGAUGGUAUUGUAUUGAUAUGCUACUCCCUCGAGAGCGAAUCGACGGCUGCGCGUGCAAGUCCCCAGUCGCUCAUUUCUACAUUCGCCAUUCGAUGACCUCCGCCCGGGAACUGCAUCCUUUCACCACUAUUACGCCUCUUGCCUCUCAGAAGAAUAUCACUUCCCAGUCCCGAGAUGAUAUGCCGAUCCAAUUUCUCUUCCGUAAGCGUGGUAAUCCAGACAGCUUCCCGGGGCCACAGUGGACAGACAAACUAGCUGGUCUGGCCGAUAAAUGCAAACCAUUAUCUGGACAUGGACCAAAUAGCAGCAGCAGCAGCAGCCAGCGAUUCAGCACACCACUUAUCGAGCCUGUCAACAAGAGUCUAGGGGUGGAAAUUUCUUUGCGGCUUGAAGGGCCAUACUUCUCCGAGGCAGAUCCCACGCCGUACAGAACCGUCAUAUGUUUGUCGCCGGUACUGGCGUGA